AACAGAACCAAAUGCCCAAGUGCAAGCAACCAAAAAAAGAAAAAGAGGGAAGUGGACUAAAGCCGAAUAAUCACCAAACUCCAGUCCAAGAAGAGGAUGGAAUAAAUGGAGAAGGACAUCAAGUGACGCAGGGAAAAGAACAACAAACAAAUGUUGAAGCAAAAACACCAAUUAAUCCUGCAGGAGAUUAUUCUUCGGGACAACACAAAGGCAAUGAUGGUUCCAAUGAAGAAGAAGAAGGGGAAGAAAAGAAUGAUGAAACAGAAAAGGAGCGAGAGGAACAAAAUCAAGAGAAUCCUCCAGGCAAAGAACAAGAAACCAAAACUGGUGCAAACGCCACUAAUCAACCAAACACGAUGCCUGGCGACAAUGACGGCAGCACCGCGGUCUCCCACACCGCCUCCCCUCUUUUGCUUCUUCUUCUUCUUGUUGCGUGUGCGGUUGCUGCUGCGGUGGUGGCCGCGUGA